AAUUACAAUAGUAUUAACUUUUUGUUGCAGUCAGCACAUUUAAUUUAUUAAGAUAUUUACACUAGUUAAUAAAAACACGGGGCUUGUGCACACGCCGCGUUUCUUGUGAUAUUGAGGUUUGAAUUAAUGCAUUUUCAGGGCUGAAUGCUUUUUAUUGUUGGACAAACCACAGGCAAGCAAGGACACCAGGCGAUAUGGCAGGAAAAGGAAAAUGUCGGGCAUUGGCGACUGGCGACUGGCGACUGGCAACAAUGCCAACACAUUUCACACAAAUAUAAAUAUUUGCCUUUGCCACAUGGAGGCGACAGAGAAACCGAAACAAGCUGCCUGCCAGACAGACACCCUCAUGAAUUUCGCAAGCGAAUCGCACAUGCUGCGAGGCUGCGAGGUUGCGAGAGGGUGGAGCUGGCACAAUCGAACCCCGUUGCCGGCUCUGGCUGCUUUUGCUCGAGCAGUGGGAAGUCGUACAAUUAAUAUGUUUACCCGGCGUAUGCUUUAUCCCAACUUUAAAGCGUUUCUAGAGAUUUGGAUUUGAGUCUAGAUCGAUUCAAC